AUGUUCGCAGACCGCAAGUCGUCGUACAAGCUCCCACCAACGACGAUAAGAGACCAGCUCGUAUCUCAGGAAGCACGCAGGGCCAAGGCACUGGAAGAACAGAAACGCCGACGCGCGCAGAGAAUAGACUCUUCAAGACAACUUGAUCUAUUCGCUGAUCUCAACCUCGGUGGCUCCGAUGAAGACGAAGACGAAGAUGAACCCAUUUCUCUAUUGACCCCUGCAUGCGUAGCGCCCUACGCGUCGAUGAUCGAGCCUUCUUUUCCCGUGAAUGCAAUAACUGCCCCUCAACCUCGAGAAGUGGUUAUCCAAGUCGCCGCCCCCGCCGAACCCAAAAAGAAGCCGAGGAAGAAGAACAAGAAACGGAAUAAACCGAGUAAAUGGGCAGACCAGUGCAUGUAUGCGGAGCUGCUCGAGAUGUCGCCCGAAGAUCCGUGGUCUUCGACUACAGACGACUUGAACGACUCGCUCCCGCACGACCUCGAGACAGGUUGGGUGGCGGUUGCUCCUGUACCAGUUGGUAAACGUUGUCUUGCAGUUACACACCAGUCAUCUGGUGUUGCAGGUGUCGUGCCCAACACAACUCUGCGCUCUCGUCUCCUCGGAAAAACCCUCAUCGCUCGCUUCCCAUCAUCCCUUCCCCCGCUAACAGUGCUGGAUUGCAUCCUCGAUUCAAACUGGCGAGAUAACGGCAUCCUACACAUCCUCGACGUCGUCAAGUGGAAAGGGCAGGACGUCGCCGAUUGCGAGGCCCCAUUCCGGUUCUGGUGGAGGGACACACGCCUAGCCGAACUCUCACAAACCUAUCCGCCCUCAAUCACCUUCUCACAUACGGAAACACGACCUCGAUACCAAUUCCCAUACCCAACCAACUUAAUCCCCAUACCCUACCACACAAACACCUCCUUAUCCUCUCUAGACAUAUCAGUCAUCCCAAUGGCACGCACAAUACGCACCAUCCCCGUGGACGUUCCAAUCCUCCUCCCAAACCCGCCAUUGCAAGAUGUAAGUGGCAAUGGGAUGCAAGUCGAGUCCGCAACAACUCCCUCAUUCCGCGCAAAAGGAUCAAUAGAGUCGGUCUCUACGAAUGUACAGCCAGAUGGACUGCUCCUUUACGUAUCCGAGGCUAGCUACGAGCCUGGUACCAGUCCUUUGAGUAGCUGGAUACCUAUCACGGGGUACGAGAAACCUGAUGAACCUAUUGGGAUUCAUCCACUUGAGUUGUUUCAUAGGUUGGUGAAACGACGGCUUCAGGGACAGCCAGUUGGAGAUGGACAGGGGGAGGGUUCUAUGGAUAUGGACAUGUAA